UAGAUGUACCUGUAGCAAAGAUGGCGGCGCCCAGUGGUGUCGGAGCCGGAGUCUGAUCUCGAUCUCGGUCUCGGUGUCUUUGUGCCGUGGGUAUGUGGAGCCCAGCGUUAAGCCUGGCCUGGACUUUUCCUCGCAUUGGGAAGAUAGCGAAUCGUUUGUUUUGCGCGGGAAGAACGGUAGCUCACCCGGGGAAAGAGUGCCGCCGUCGGCAGGUCCGAACCGCGCCUCCUUGGAGGAUUCUCUUCUUCGGAACCGACGAGUUUGCUCAGCGAGUAUUGGAGAAACUGCAUCCGUCCAGAUUCUUGAAAACUGGAAAGAUGCUAGUAGAACAGCUGGAAGUUGUUACUUUGCCUGCCAUUAAAUCUGCUGAACUCCCUGUGAGAAAGUAUGCCUUGAUGAGUCAGAUUCCAGUUCAUGAUUGGCCUUACUUCGCAUCAAAUGAUUAUUUUGACGUUGGCAUAAUUGUAUCGUUUGGGAACCUACUCAGUGACACGCUCAUACAGCAAUUCCCAUAUGGAAUAUUGAACCUACAUCCCAGUCUCCUUCCUAGGUGGAGAGGCCCUGCUCCAAUUUUUCACACACUGAUUCAUGGAGAUCAGGUGACAGGGGUGACUAUUAUACAGAUCCGGCCAACAAGGUUCGAUGUUGGUCCCAUUGUAAUGCAGCAGGAAUGUGCUGUUCCUCCAAGAUGUACCACUGAUGAAUUGGGAGUGAUCUUGGCAGAAACAGGGGCUGAAAUGCUUCUUUUAACUUUGGAAAGUCUGCCAGAACUUAUAAAGAACACAAAGGAACAAUCCAAGGAGGGAAUUACAUUCGCUCCUAAGAUUAGUGUUGGUAUGAGUUGGGUGAACUGGCAGGAACAGACACGGGAGGAGAUUGACCAGUUAUAUCGAGCAAUAGGAUCCAGGAUUCCUUUGCGAACACUGUGGAUGGACAAAACUGUGAAGCUUUUGCAUUUAGUGGAUGUGCGAGAAAUUCCUGUUUCACUGGCUUUCACACCAGAACAAUUAGCCCCUGGAACUAUCCACUUCCACAAGGAAUCAAACAUGCUUUUGGUGCGUUGCAAGAAUGGAUGGUCAGGCUUCAAGCGAGUGGUGCUGAAGAAGGAUCUCUCAGCUGCUGAUUUUUAUAAUGGGUACCUCCAUCCAUACUUUCAAAAAGGAAGUAAAGUAAAUCAAAUGGCAACUAGAUUUCAAACAUACAAAUCUGAAAGAAAGACCAAAGCGAAACUGUCAAAAAGAACUGGAUUGUUGCUUGAUGUUAAUAAUUUAAAUGCUUCCAUCUGGUGUAAUUAAACCCCAGUGCUUUU